AUGGCCAACACCCAGACAUUAAGGGAGCUGGCUACCCCAGACCUGACUCAUCAGCCCUUGUGCAUCACGUUCCCAACUCUGGCUGAAAAUACUUCUUUCGAGCUGAAAUCGGGGUUGAUUCAGCUCUUGCCUUCGUUCCAUGGUCUUUCUGGUGAAGAACCCCACAAACAUGUCAAGGAAUUCGAAAAAUUCCUGGAGAAAUUUUUCCCCGCAUCCCGGGCUGCAAGUUUGAGGAAGGAGAUUUGCAGCAUCAAGCAGUACUCCGGGGAGUCAUUGUACGAUUUUUGGGAAAGGUUCAACAAGUUGUGCGCUAGAUGCCCACAGCAUCAGAUUAGUGAACAACUGUUGAUCCAAUACUUCUAUGAGGGACUCCAGUCAACUGACAGGAGUAUUAUUGACGCUGCGAGUGGAGGAGCCCUGGCGAACAAGACACCGAGGGAAGCAUGGGACCUUAUUGAAGCCAUGGCAGAAAACUCUCAGCAGUUCGGCUUCCGUGAGAGCACUCCUACCCGUAGAGUCAAUGAGGCAGAGACGUCAUCCAUCCAGCAGCAACUGUCAGAGUUGACGUCUGCUGUCAGGCAAUUGGCCAUGAGAGACACACCGCGAGCGAAGGUGUGUGGAAUCUGUACUAGCAUGGACCACUGCACGGAUUCGUGCCCCAUUUUGCAAGAGGACGGGGCGGAACAGGCAAAAUUCAUUCUCGAAUCGUCCACCAGGAUUCCACCAGCCAUGGCAACCAAAAUCUCAACCCUCAUCCUCCAAUUCAGGGAGUUCCUUGGAGGAUAUAGUCAAAAACGUCUGGCUACUACUACCUCCCAGAUCCAGCAAGAGACUAGACAGUUCCAGCAGGAGACCAGAUCAGGCAUGAAAGAUAUGGAUGCUCGAAUAAACCAAUUGGCAACUGCCAUCAAUCGCCUGGAGUCCCACGUUCAUGGAAAAUUGCCAUCUCAACCCGAGAUAAAUCCCAGGAAUGUAAGUGCCAUGACACUGAGGAGUGGCAAGGAACUGGAAGGGCCUAAAGUGGAAAGUUCAAAAAGCAAAAGUGAGGAGGAGAUAGAAAAGGAAAUCGAAGAGGAAGGGCGUAUUCGCAAGGAUCCUAAGGUAACCUUCACUUCUCCGCCCACUAUUAAAUCUAACUUACCUCCUUUUCCUUGCAGGCUGGAGAAGACAAUAAAGGUAGAAAGGGAAAAAGAAAUCCUGGAUGUGUUCCGCAAAGUUCAAGUAAACAUCCCCCUAUUGGACGUGAUCAAGCAGGUACCCAAAUACGCAAAGUUCUUAAAAGACUUGUGCAUUAACAAAAGAAAGCUAAGGGGUGAUGAGAGAGUGAUGGUAGGAGAGAAUGUAUCAGCUGUACUUCAAAGGAAACUUCCACCCAAAUGCGGGGAUCCAGGACCAUUAAAAGAAACGGGGAUAAUAAUUCAAUUGGCUGAUCGUACAUGUGCUUAUCCGGAUGGGAUAAUUGAGAAUGUUUUAGUGCAAUCUGUGUUUGCUAUCUAUGCCACUAAUCCCUCUGUGCAAGAAUUUUCUAAGUUUGCUUGUAGGGGUAAAUUCAAGGUUGCUGCGAACAAGUCCUAUAGGAUGAAAGCAAUUCACGAGGUGAAAAUGGAGAGAAAAUUUAGGGAAAAGGUUGCACUCAAUGGCCACGUGGAUCCUGGAGGAAGGCCACCAAUUACAAGAAAAAUUCAAUUACAUCCAGACUAA